AUGGUAACGAGUGUAGAUCAUGAUAAAAAUUCUGAUUCCAUGGGGGAAAGUCAAUUAUGGGGUGAUCUCACAAAUUUAGAUAACAUUGGUGGGAGUAGCAAAAGAAACUUAGAUAUGAAUUCGUUGAAUCGGAAUGAAGUAAUUAAUGAAGGAGGAGUACUUCUUGUAAAUGGAAAACCAAGUCGAGGUGGGCUUGUGAUUAAAAGUGGAAAAAAUAUUAAAAAUGGAAAAGGUAAAGGUAGAAAAUAUCGUGAUUCUCGUCAUGAAAUGCACAUAUGGAAUGAGAGAGAAAGGAGAAAGAAAAUAAGGAACAUGUUUGCUAGCCUUCAUGCUUUGCUUCCAGAUCUGCCCUCUAAGGUUGAUAAGUCAACCAUUGUGGAUGCAGCAGUGAAAGAAAUAAAAAUUUACAACAGAUUCUUGAAAAUCUAG